GGUUACAUUUUUUGUCUAUGGUGAUGGCGUGGAAAUGUCAUUUGUUAAAAAUCGUGUUAUCGUAUUGAACUUUGAAAAAUAGCAAUUUUCCUUUCAUAUAUUAUUAUAAAUUGGACAUUUCUAUCAAAAUGUAUUCUAGCGAUGACUAUAAUGAGGGAGGAUAUGAAUCCUAUGGUGAUUAUGAACCUCAUACAGGAGACCCUCAAUAUGAUUUGGAAUACGACCGAUCGUACUACAAAAUGCCUGACAUGGUCAAGAAGUUUCUUGUAUAUUUCCGUAAUAUGAUCACAGAAGGAGUAACAUAUGAGAUAUUGAACCUCUAUGAGAAUACGUUCCCUAAACUCACGGAGCAGUAUUUUGAGAGCACACCAUGGCCUGAUGAGCAGGAGGUCGCACCUAUUGUAGAUAAUGAUCAUGUUUUCAUGAUCCUUUAUAAAGAAUUGUAUUACCGCGACAUAUACGCGCGAGUGCCUGGAGGGCCAAAGCCCGAGCAGCGUUUCCACUCAUUCUAUAACUACUGUGAUCUUUUCAACUACAUCCUGUCUGCGGAGACACCCGUGCCGCUGGAGCUGCCCGACCAGUGGCUCUGGGAGCUGAUUGACGAGUUUGUCUAUCAGUUCCAGUCAUUUGCUCAAUACAGGUCGCGCACUUCCAAGUUGAGUCCAGCUGAGAUAGAAGCCCUCAACACUGAGAACAAGGCAUGGAAUGUUUUGUGCAUCCUCAAUGUGUUGCACUCGCUUGUCGACAAGUCCAACAUCAAGCGUCAACUUGAGGUGUAUGCUACGGGCGGCGACCCAGACUCAGUGGCGGGCGAGUUCGGUCGCCACUCGCUGUACAAGAUGCUCGGCUACUUCUCUCUGGUGGGCCUCCUUCGGCUGCACUCUUUGCUUGGGGACUAUUACCAGGCGAUUAAGGUGCUGGAGAACAUCGAGUUGCACAAGAAGUCCCAGUACUCGCACGUGCCGGCCUGCCAGAUUUCCACCUCCUACUACGUGGGGUUCGCGUACAUGAUGAUGCGGCGAUAUUCUGACGCCAUCCGUACCCUAUCCUCAGCACUGCUAUACAUGCAGCGCACUAAGCAGCUGUUCUCGUCCCGUUCCUAUCAGAAUGAUCAGAUCAAUAAGCAGACGGACCAGAUGUACCAUCUGCUGGCUAUAUGUUUGGUGCUGCAUCCGCAGUGCGUUGAUGAAUCGAUUCAGCAGGUGCUCCGCGAGAAGAACUACCAUGAGAAGAUGUUCAAGAUGCAGUACGGGGACCUUGGAGAGUUCGAGAGUUGCUUCACGUUCGCGUGCCCCAAGUUCCUGUCGCCGUGCCCGCCGCCCAUCGAGCCCGGCUCCAAUUACGGCAAGGACGCCGUCAAACACCAGACGCAGGUCUUCAUGGAUGAGGUGCGGCAGCAGAAGAUGCUGCCGACGAUCCGGUCGUACCUGAAGCUGUACACGACGCUGCCGCUGGCCAAGCUGGCCGCCUUCAUGUCGGCGGCGCGCGGCGGCGAGCGCGACGCCGCGCGUGAGCACGCCGCGCUCGCCAUACACCUGCUCUGCUUCAAGCACAAGAUGAAGAACGUCGUCUGGACCAAGGGGCCCAGCGGGCUCGACGGCAACUUCCAGAGCGGAUCCGAGCUGGACUUCUACAUCGACAAUGACAUGAUUCACAUCGCCGACACCAAGGUGGCACAUCGUUACGGCGACUUUUUCAUUCGUAAGCUGCUCAAGUUCGAGGAACUCAACAGAAAACUUCACCAUUUUAAGAUUUAGUCUCGAAUUACUAUUUUGUAAAAAAAGAUCUAAAAAAGUAAAAAUUUGUGCCACUAACAUUAAAUCCAUUCAAGUACCUACAUAUUUUAACUUGAAAUGAGUUACAAUUUUUUACUUUUUUAUAUGACCUGACUACGAAAUAAAAUAAACAGCUUAUACUAAA